UUGAGAAGAAAGUUGAUAUUGCGGAAUCCAUGUUGAAAAAAUAAAAGCAAGAAUGCGCCGAGGACGUAAAGCCAUUGUAAAUAUACAGUAGGCUGUGGGUGAAGUACAGUUUUUCUGUUGUCGUUGAUGGGACUGGAACCCCUCCGACAAGGACUAUGAGAGAUAACGACAUCUCCGAGAUGGACUCCGUGUAUGAGACAGAGGAGUUGGAGGGUGAUAUGGAAUUGGGCAUGAUAGACGAGGAUAUUGUUUACCCCCAGGAGUUUUUACCAACUUAUCACAGUAUUAUAGAAGGAGCAACAGUCACCAAAGCACAACUGGCAGAGUUUAAUGACAAACCAGACUCCCUAUUCUUCAACGAUGGUGUCAGGAGGAUCGAUUUCAUCCUGGUUUAUGAAGAUGAGGACAAAAAGGAUUUUGAGAAGAGGCACACAUUCCAGCGCCGCAAGAGGCGGCGGGAGUACUUUGAGGCCAGCCUGAUGAAGAUGGGCAUCGAGCUUGAGGCGACGACAUCUGUCAUAAAUGAGAAACUGCUGUUUGUGAAAGUGCACAUGCCGUGGGACGUGCUGUGCACCUACGCUGAGGUCCUGCACAUCAAGCUCCCCAUCCAGCCCAACGACCUGUCCUCCCGCCCCUCCCCGUGGCGCUUCUUCUCCUGCAUCACCAAGCACUUCUACCCCAACGAGAACCUGAUCACCAAGGAGACGGAGUUCUUCACCGCCCCCUUUGAGAAAGACCGUCUGGAGUACUUCUGCGUGAGCGACAAAGAUGUCUUCUUCACUGCGUCCAUGAGGAGCAGAAUGGCAUAUUACAUCCUGAGUCGUGCCCCCUAUGAAAUACGAGGGAGCAUAAAGAAGUUUGGCAUCACCAAACUGCUGGAUGGGGGAGUGUACAAAGCUGCCUAUCCCCUCCAUGACUCCAGGUUCAAUGUGAAGUCCAAAGAGGAGGGCUGCCCCAGCGAGAGAUAUCUGCUCUAUGAAGAAUGGGCUCAUCCCAAAAGCUUCUACAAGAUGCAACCACUAAACCUCAUUAGGAAGUAUUAUGGGGAGAAGAUCGGCAUUUACUUUGCCUGGUUGGGUUUCUACACAAUAAUGCUCGCUCUGGCUGCUGUUGUGGGACUGGGUUGUUUCAUCUAUGGAUACAGGACUCAAGAAACCAGCACCUGGAGCAAAGAGGUGUGCGACCCUGACAUUGGAGGAAACAUUGUGAUGUGUCCACAGUGUGACAAAGAAUGCAUAUACUGGAGGUUGAACAGCACCUGUCAAGCUUCGAAAAAACUUUGCAUAUUUGAUAACUUUGGAACCUUGGUGUUUGCAGUGUUCAUGUCAAUCUGGGUCACUUUGUUCCUGGAGUUCUGGAAGCGCUACCAGGCGGAGCUGGAGUACAUGUGGGACACUGUGGAGUUUCUGGAGCAGGAAGAGCCACCUCGCCCAGAAUAUGAAGCGAAGUGUAUUUAUGAGAGGAAAAACACUGUCACAGGGGUAAAAGAGAAAGUGCCCUAUACAGCCUGUGGACGAUGUGUUCGGGUGUCGAUAGGAAUUGGGACAGUCUUAUUCUGGAUUCUGUUGAUCCUGGCGUCCAUCGUGGCCAUCAUCGUCUACCGCCUGGCUGCAUUUUUUGCCUUCUCAGCAAAACUCCGCGCUCAGGACCUGAAGGAGCUGGAGCCCUUAAAGGAGUACGUGACGCCUCAGAUGGCCACCGCCGUCACAGCCUCCCUCAUCAGCUUCGUUGUAAUCAUGAUCCUCAACAUCCUCUAUGAGCGGGUGGCCAUCUGGAUCACCGACUUUGAGCUUCCACGGACCAAGACAGACUACGAGAACAGCUUGACCCUGAAGAUGUUCCUCUUUCAGUUCGUCAACUAUUACUCCUCCUGCUUCUACAUCGCCUUCGCCAAAGGGAAAGCAGUUGGCUUUCCUGGAAAUCCGGUUUAUCUCUUGGGGAAAUACCGUAACGAGGAGUGUGAUCCAGGGGGUUGUCUGAUCGAGUUGACGACUCAGCUCUCCAUCAUCAUGGGUGGAAAAGCCAUCUGGAACAACAUCCAAGAGGUCUUGCUACCGUGGGCCAAAAACUUAAUUUUCCGCUACUGCACUCGUACGGACUCAGAGAAGGUGAUUCCUCGCUGGGAGCAGGACUACCGGCUCCAGCCCUUUUCAAAACUAGGACUGUUCUAUGAAUAUCUGGAGAUGGUCAUCCAGUUUGGCUUUGUGACCCUGUUUGUGGCCUCCUUCCCUCUGGCUCCGAUCCUGGCUCUGGUCAACAACCUGUUUGAGAUUCGGGUCGAUGCUUGGAAAAUCACCACUCAGUUUCGCCGCAUCGUGCCAGAGAAGGCCCAGGAUAUCGGGGCCUGGCAACCCAUUCUUCAAGGCGUCGCUAUAUUGGCUGUUGCAACAAAUGCCAUGAUCAUCGCUUUUACGUCCGACAUGAUUCCACGGUUGGUCUACUACUGGUCUUUCUCUGUGUAUCCGUAUGGAGAUCACUUCAACAACACCAUGCAGGGCUACAUCAACAGCUCGCUGUCUAUAUUCAACAUCAACGACUUUUUGAACUCCAGCAAGCCCAUGAAGGCACCUUACAACAUCACCACUUGCAGGUAUCGAGAUUUUCGGUAUCCUCCAGGGCAUUUCAGGCAGUAUGAGUACACUGUCUACUACUGGCAUGUGAUCGCUGCCAAAAUGGCUUUUAUAAUCGUCGUAGAGCACAUUGUUUACCUCACUAAGUUCAUCCUGUCGUACGUGAUCCCAGACGUCCCGUACGCUGUCAAAGAGCAGAUCAAACGAGAGAAGUACUUGACCCAGGUUAUCCUCCACGAGACCAACCUCAAGCUGGUGACCAAACGUUUGAAACCGGUCAACGACGGGACUGUCAAGUUCGCCGAGGUGAACUUGACACACGAGGAGAUGGAACUUGAUUUCUGAAAGUGACAUGUAUGGAAGAAGAGACCAAACCAUACUGUAUAUACAGGACUACCCAGUUGUUUUGCAGCACUUACCCACAUGUGACCAAUACUGACCCCCACCUUGUGAACCAGUGACGAAAUUAAGACCCAGAACAAGUUUAUGGACUUUUGUGAUGGAAAAUAUGUACAUGGGUGGUUAUGAGACAAUGGGCCCCUGGGCACAGACAUGUCAAAGGCCCCGCCACCUCUUCUAGAUAGGAGACACCCAGACCUUUUUUACGCAUCUCUCUGGCUGUGGUUCUUUGUGAUCAUUUUAUGCCUCUUUGUAGUCAUUUUGUGUGUCUUUGUCGUUGUUUUGUGCUUUUUCAGUCGGUUUGAGUGUCUUUUUUGUCUCUUUGUAGUUAUUUUAAGUCUUUUUGUGGUCAUUUUGAGUCUCUUCCUGUUUGGUACUUGUCUGAAGGUGAAGGCCAGGGGGGCCCCUGACACUUUGGGCCCCUGGGCAUGUGCCCGGUAGAUUCAGUAAUCCAUCCAUGAAUGAGUAGCAACCAGUAAGAAAGAGGAUGUCUGAAGUUUCUUCAAGGGGCUGUUGGACAAAGAAAGGAGAAACCACUGUUGUAUAGUUUUACCCCUCUCCACUAUCCUCACACUCGGGCCAAAGCGUGUGAAAGGAAUCAAUCACCUCUAAGAGUGUCAUCAUCAAUUAAAAAAAUUAAAUGUUCCUCUUAGACUGACCAAUAUUACAGACAGGAUGUUUUGUAGCUGACGGUGCCAGCGCAAAAACAAGGUGUGGGAUAAGUGAUUUUUUUUGUGCCACCUCAUCAGCUCAUCGGCACUAAGUGUUCCUGUUUUGGGUUAGUGUUGGAGUUCAAUGCAAGUUGUUCAAAUCUGAAUCCAGUAUUGAAUUUUAAUCUAUUUAGAUUUAGGUUUUUAACUAUUUUAAACCACAAAAGUUAUAAAUAACUUGAUAUUCAAGCUAAAAAAAAACUCAAAUAUAAUGUUACAUCCAUGCAUCGUCUUCCACUUAUCCGGGAUCGGGUCGCGGGGGCAGCAGCUCCAGUAAGGAACCCCAAACUUCCCUUCUCCGGGCCACAUCCUCCAGCUCCGACUGGGGGAUCCCGAGGCGUUCCCAGUGAGGAGAUA